AUUUUGCCAAGUGCGAGUUUCAAUCUUUCAUUUCCUCAUAUUGUCGGUCACGUGAUUUUAACUGGCGAAUAAUAGACCGUGUACCAUAGGCAUGUUUGGCUCUUGUCUCACUGGUACAUUUAAAAUCCAUAAUAAUCGGAAUCAUAAAACGAACCUAAGGACUGAAAGCUCAACUAGAACAUCGUCCUUAAAUUGAUGUAGGCUAUGCCUGUGCAGAGGUUAAGAAGAUUAAAUUUGGAAAUCAACCGAUACUUUUCUGUUUUGUAAGAACCACUGAAUGAUUAACUGCGCUUAUUUUGAUGUACAAUGUACUUUGCGAAAGACCACUGUCUUUGUAUGUUUAUGUAAAACAUUCCAGUGGAGCAUUGAGCAGUUCGUAUGUAAAAUGGAAAAUACUGGAAUAACGGAAUUGAAAUCAAUCUACUUGUGACAUGUAGGAAUGACGACAUCCAUGAUAUGAUGUACAAUGUACUUUGCGAAAGACCACUGUAUGUAUGUUUAUAUAAAACAUAUUAUACCAGUGGAGCAUUGAGCAGUUUGGUAUAUAAAAUGAAAAAUAUUGUGGGGAAUUGAAAUCAAUCUACUUGUGACAUCUAGGAAUGACGACAUCCAUGAUAUGAUAAAACUAUGCUUCAUUGAUGUCAUCAUAUUAAAGUGAGCAGAUAUAGCCUCCGAAACCAUGUGCAAAUAUUCCUUUAUGAUGCAAUCAAGGAAAGCAAAAGAACUUCAUUCGAUAUAUUUUCUUCGGUUUUCUUGCAUGAAUAAGGACUCGUUGUGACCUGUUGGUUGAAAGUGCAUGAUGGCUCUUUACCAGACUCUUCAAGUCAUAUUCAUGCUUCUCCAUGGACUCCUAGUUGGCGUGAGAGUGGAUGCUGGCAUGGAUGAUAUCAACACGAGACUUAAUCAUACAUGCUCUUUGAACUUGACAGAACACUCGGCCAAUUGCUCAUAUCGUGAUCUCCCGUCGAUUCCUCAAAACCUUCCCCAUGAUAUACGUUCUCUUAACGUAUCUGACAAUAACAUAUCUGCGCUCUUGGAUACAUCGUUUACGAACUACUCACUGAUUCAUACUCUAGACUGUAGUUAUAACUCUAUAGACUUCAUCCACAAUAAAACGUUUCAUGGUCUUACGUAUCUUAAGAUAUUGAUGCUCCAAUACAACAAAAUAGGGUUCCUCCCUAUUUCCCUCCUGGAUGAAAAUAUCCACAUCUCCUGGCUAAUCUUUCAUCACAAUAGACUAACUGAAAUUUCUCCUGUUUUUAGGCAAAGUAUACAUUCUGUAGGGGAAGAUGGCGACGUUGGAUGUAAAAAUGUGUCACGAUUUGAUUUGUCUUUCAAUAGAAUCACAGCAGUAGAGAAGGAAGAUUUCGAAGGUGUGCAGGAUUGUUACAUUGAUAGCUUUUACUUAAUUGCUAACCGAAUAAAGAGUCUCCCCCGUGGUGUUUUCACAUACUUGCCUGCAGUCAAUUUACUCAUCAAUCGCAUAGAAUUACAUGAAUUCAUCACCUCUUCUUUCAUUGGUAAUAAAGCGAUAGUCAAAGCGACUAUAACUGGGUCAGGAAUAAGAUCUAUUAUUCCCAUGAAUAUAUCGAAUAUUCCAAAUAAUAUUUUGCCAGGUGUGAAUAAACUUUACCUUCAAUCCAAUAAACUAUCAACUAUCCCAAGUUAUGCCCUGCGAGGGUUUGAACAUCUGCAAAUUCUAGACAUUGGAUCAAAUCGUAUCACUAGUGUGCAUGAGGAUUCCUUCUGUGGACUUAAGUCGCUGGUUAGUUUGAGGUUAGCUGUGAAUAAAAUAAAAACUCUUCCCUGUAACUCAUUUGCCUGUGCCCAGAAACUUGAACGAAUUGAUUUGUCACAUAACAAUUUUUUAGAGUUAGAUCCUUCUUGGUUUAACGGAAGUCAGCGACUAAGAACUCUGAUAGUCUACAAAAGCAACAUUAAAGACAUACAUCCCGUACCGUGGAAUGUAUCCAAUCUUCAAAGUUUAACGCUAAGUAAUAAUGAUGUUCGUUCUAUCAACAGAAAUUCGUUCAUCGGAUUAAGUAGCCUACGAGUUCUUGAUUUAACAAGGAACCGUGAACCUCUCGAUAUUUCAUUGGAUGCAUUUGAACAAAAUUAUAAUUUAGAAAGGAUCAUCAUGGAAGAUUUGAUCAAAAUUACUUUGAAUGGUUGUUUCAGCAAUAUGCAUCGCUUGAAUUUCCUAGAUUUGUCAUAUUCUGCAAGCCGCUUAGAUAUUUCAUCUCGUGACCAAUUUAAAAAUACGUGGGCCCUGAGAACUUUAAAUUUGUCCAGAACAUAUCUCCAAACAGAAGAUUUAGUUCAAUUCAAGAGCCGUGUGCCAUCGUUUUCAGGUCUUGUCUCAUUGGUCAUUCUUAACAUUCAACACAAUCAUUUUAAUGAUUUCCACUCAGCUCCUUACGCAUUUACUCCACUUUACAAUCUUCAGGAAUUAGAUCUAACCGACUGUCGAAUAGAACGCAUCGAUUCCCGGAUGUUUAGGAAUUUAUCGUCACUGAGAAAGCUAUCAUUGGCAGUGAACUACCUCAAAGAUAUCCCUGAAGAAUCUUUUCACGAUUUAACAAAUUUACGUAUCCUCAGGCUAGAAUUUAACGCUGUUGCGGUGAUUGGGAAACAUCUAUUUUCCAGAACAUCGCAUCUCAAAUUAUUAUCCGUCAAGAACAAUCAAAUUUCCACGAUAGACCCCUUUACAGUAUUUCCAAUAAAUCUACAAACAUUAGUCAUUGCGAACAAUCCUUUGACAUGUACUUGUCAGCUUGCAUGGUUCCGGGAGUGGAUAGAAAAGGUGAAUGUAGAUUUCUAUCAGAAAAAUGACACUCGUUGUUCUAGUACCUCGUUGGGAACAUUGAAUAACCAGACUCUUUGGUCGUUUAACCCAAAAGAUUACUGCGGAGUCGAUGUAUAUCUUAUUGUAGGUGUAUCUCUGGCCGUCGUGACUGUUCUGUCAGUAGGAAUUCUUGUAUAUGUGAAGCGGUGGUGGUUGAACUACAAGAUGUUCCUUUUGAAGUUAGCCAUCGUUGGGUAUCAAGAGUUUAUUGAAGAUCGUACAGCCGAUGACUACGAGUAUCAGCUUAACUUGAUGUUUCACGAAGAUAAUGAGGAGUGGGUCAAUGACAGCAUGAAACCGUUCCUGGAAGAGAGGAUGCCACACUUAGAACAUAUCGUCUUCGGGGAUAGAGAUCUACAUCCAGGGUUUUUCUAUCUUGAUGCCAUAUGUGACGUCAUCGAAAACAGUCACAAAACGGUUUUAUUGCUUAGCAACCAGUCAGUGAAGGAUCCUUGGUUCAUGACCAAGCUCCGAAUGUCAGUGGAACAUAUGAAUGAUACCAAGUUGGAGAAAGUUAUACUCAUAUUCUUGGAGGAUAUAGAAAAUGACCGCCUCCCGUAUCUUGUCAGGCUUUUGUUGAGUCGAAACAAACCUUACCUGCUUUGGGUAGAUGAUGAUGAAGAUGGACAAGAAUUAUUCUGGGCGAAGUUUCAGAAGAGUUUGAAGGCUAACAGAGAAAUGAAUAAUGUAAUCCCAGUGUAAAUGAUAACAGAUCAUAAUCAACGAAAAUGGUUCCUUUAGUCAAAGGUUAACUUUGUGAGCAGCAGAUUUAAAAAAUUCUCAAACCAAG